GCGGCUGGGCUGCGGGCCGGUCGAUGGGACGCGGCGCCGCGGAGCGGAAGGCGGCGCCCGUCGGGGGGCUCGGGCCGCGCGGGAGGCCGCCGGGGGGCGCGGGCAUGGCGGGCCGCAGGACCUGAGCGCUGCCCGCAGGGAGGCAGCCGGGUGGCCGGCGAUGGGGACGGAGCGGAGCUGCCGCCGCGCCGGGCCGUGAGCGCCGCCUCCUCGCCCGCCCCGGCCCCUCGCGGAGCGCCGGCCGCCCGGGAACAUGGCCCUGGAGCAGCUGUGCCCGGCCCUCAAAGUGUUGUUAAUAACAAUACUUGUAGUGGAAGGGAUUGCUGUGGCCCAAAAGACCCAAGAUGGACAAAAUAUUGGAAUCAAGCACAUUCCUGCAACCCAGUGUGGCAUUUGGGUUCGAACCAGCAAUGGUGGUCAUUUUGCUUCACCAAAUUAUCCUGACUCAUAUCCACCAAACAAGGAGUGUAUCUACAUUUUGGAAGCUGCUCCACGUCAAAGAAUAGAGUUGACCUUUGACGAACAUUAUUAUAUAGAACCAUCAUUUGAAUGUCGGUUUGAUCACUUGGAAGUUCGAGAUGGGCCAUUUGGUUUCUCUCCACUAAUAGAUCGUUACUGUGGUGUGAAAAGCCCUCCGUUAAUUAGAUCAACAGGGAGAUUCAUGUGGAUUAAGUUUAGUUCUGAUGAAGAACUUGAAGGACUGGGAUUUCGAGCAAAAUACUCAUUUAUUCCAGAUCCAGAUUUUACUUACCUAGGAGGUAUUUUAAAUCCCAUCCCAGAUUGCCAGUUUGAGCUCUCAGGAGCUGAUGGAAUAGUGCGUUCUAGUCAGGUAGAACAAGAAGGAAAAACGAAACCUGGGCAAGCAGUUGAUUGCAUAUGGACAAUUAAAGCUACUCCGAAAGCUAAGAUUUAUUUGAGGUUCCUAGAUUAUCAAAUGGAGCACUCAAAUGAAUGCAAGAGAAACUUCGUUGCAGUCUAUGAUGGAAGCAGUUCUAUUGAAAAUCUGAAGGCCAAGUUUUGCAGCACUGUGGCCAAUGAUGUAAUGCUUAAAACAGGAGUUGGAGUGAUACGAAUGUGGGCAGAUGAAGGUAGUCGGCUUAGCAGGUUUAGAAUGCUCUUUACUUCCUUUGUGGAGCCUCCCUGCACAGGCAGCACUUUCUUUUGCCAUAGCAACAUGUGCAUCAAUAACUCUUUAGUCUGUAAUGGUGUUCAAAACUGUGCAUACCCUUGGGAUGAAAAUCAUUGUAAAGAAAAGAAAAAAGCAGGACUUUUUGAACAAAUCACUAAAACUCAUGGAACAGUUAUUGGCAUUACAUCAGGGAUUGUCUUGGUCCUUCUCAUUAUUUCUAUUUUAGUACAAGUGAAACAGCCUCGAAAAAAGGUCAUGACUUGCAAAACUGCUUUUAAUAAAACUGGAUUUCAAGAAGUGUUUGAUCCUCCUCAUUAUGAACUGUUUUCACUAAGGGACAAAGAGAUUUCUGCAGACCUGGCCGACUUGUCAGAAGAACUAGACAACUAUCAGAAGAUGCGGCGCUCCUCCACUGCCUCCCGGUGCAUUCACGACCAUCACUGUGGAUCACAAGCCUCCAGCGUCAAACAAAGCAGGACCAACCUCAGUUCCAUGGAACUUCCUUUCCGGAAUGACUUUGCACAACCACAACCAAUGAAAACAUUUAAUAGCACCUUCAAAAAGAGUAGCUACACUUUCAAACAGGCACAUGAGUGCCCUGAACAGGCCCUAGAGGACAGAGUAAUGGAGGAGAUUCCCUGUGAAAUUUAUGUCAGGGGGCGAGAAGAUUCUGCACAAGCAUCCAUAUCCAUCGAUUUUUAAUCUUCUAAUAAAGGGCGUGAAGAGGCCUACAAAAUAAAGAGCCUUUAAAGAAGACAUUUAACAUUAAAACGGCACAGAAGUACAUGGUUUCAUGCAACUCAGCAAGUAAAGUUUGGAAAACAAAUUUGGUUCUAAAUUUUCUGGCUGCUAAAACACAUGAAAUAGUUUUUGUUUUUCACAGGAGAAAAGCCAGACUUAUCUACAGAAGCCAAUUUUCUCUUAAACUAAAGAAAGAGAGGGUCUUUAUAGAGGACAACAUUUCCUGAAAAUAUAAAAAAGAUGGAAAAUGCAGAGAGAGGUCCUGACGGUAAAUCUUAGCCCAGUGAAGGUACAUCUUCAUGUAAUCUAGGAACAUAGUUUCUGGUCAGUCUGUCUGCAGGGAUAGAACCAGAUGAGCCAGACUCAGAAUACUGUACAUUAUACACCUUCAUUGAACUAUAAAUGGAUAUUAGACUUCAUUUAUUUCUUUAACAUUUGGCAGAAUACUAUAGGAAGAGAAGAGAAUGGAACUAAUAAAUUUAAGCCAUUAUUACCAGCGUAAUGCUAAUUGCCUAAUAUAUAGUCUUUCAUCUUUGAGGUCAGUGAGAAAACUUUACAAUUGUUUACUAAAAUGAAAGCCAUAAAUUUUAGUAAUGGAAGAUGGAAGGUAGCCAUCUUGUGGAAGUGAUUACACCCUUCACAGAGAAUAUAGUACCCAGUGUUAAACCUAUCUUAAAAUAGAAAAUGGAAAUGUGGAGGGGGAAUCAGGAUCAGCGUUCGUUACACCUCUACAAUAUUGUCACAUUAUCUUUUAUCUGUGACACAGUUGAUCCUGAAUUUAACACAAGAUAUCAGUCCCCAAGUGCCCACAAAUUGCAGCAAACCCACUAAUCCCAACAUCUCAAGUGUGUCAGAAUAAAGUGUGGUGUAUCUUUUGCGGGAGGAAAUGUUCAACCUAAAGGUUUAACAAAAAGCAAAGGACUUUCCACAUUUCACAUCACAAGAAAUUAAAAAGGCUCCUUUAACUUUGACUUGUUGAAAACUCUUGUGUCAUUGUCUUUGUCAUGUUUCAUAUAAUUAUUAGGCAUUAAAAGGUCCUCCUAAAUGUCUGCUUCUAAACCUUUUUAUAGCUCUGCUGUUAUGUGAUGAGAAGGAUGCUUCCUUGAUUGAGGAGUGUGUCAGCUAAUGAGACAGAAUGGGAAAAGCCUAGUUGUGAUUCCAGGAAUAAUUCUCAAUCAAAAGAGAUUAUGCUUUCUUGCAAAAUGGUGUCUGCUAUAUUGUUCAUGUUACUUUAUUUCAAGUACUAAAAAGAACAUGCCUUGGAUCAGACUGAUUAUAAGGAACCUUGAGUUUUUUAUUUUUUGAAGAUCCAAGAAAGAUUAUCUGGUCCAACUUGAUUAAUGAGAAGACUGAAGCCCAGAGAGAAGUGAGUACUCGUGUCUCAGAAUCAGUCCAGUGCUCUUUGCUUGCUGUUUGCUCUCCCUGCUUUAGCUGGCUAGACGUUUUAAAAGUCAAGCAGGUCUAAAUAGCAGCCCAGGUGUUCCAUGUAAGCUUGUCAAUCAUUCUGAUUUAAAAUGUAAUUCAUUCUAUAGCAAUUUUUUUAAAGUAUAUUUUACUUUUUUUUUCUUUAUCUGUGUAACUCUGUUAUUCUACAAUUUUAUUGCCAUGAUUUCUUGGCACCUGCAAACUCUGCAAGACAGUUACUGUGAAUUCUUAAUAAACAAUGGAUGGUAACAGUUUAUAGCCUUGACACUAGACAGAAACUGCUUCAGUGGUUUCCUUUUGUGAUCUUUUGUAAAUCUAAAGGAAACAAUGUAUACUCUAGAAAUUAAACAUUUGUGUGCUA